AUGGUCAACUCCUGUUGUGGCUCCGUCUGCUCUGAGCAGGGCUGUGGCCAGGAGAGCUGCUGCCAGCCCAGCUGCUGCCAGCCCAGCUGCUGCAGGCCCAGCUGCUGUAGACCUUCCUGCUGCAUCUCCAGCUGCUGCCGCCCAAGCUGCUGCCAGCCCAGCUGCUGCAGGCCCCAGUGCUGCCAGCCCAUCUGCUGCAGGCCCCACUGCUGUGUGUCCAGCUGCUGCAGGCCCCAGUGCUGCCAGUCUGUGUGCUGCCAGCCCAGCUGCUGCGGGCCCAGCUGCUGUAUUUCUAGCUGCUGCCGCCCCUCCUGCUGCCAGACCACCUGCUGCAGGCCCACCUGCUGCAGGCCCAGCUGUUGCAUCUCCAGCUGCUGCCACCCCACCUGCUGCCAGACCACCUGCUGCAGACCCCAGUGCUGCCGCCCCAGCUGCUGUGGCUCCAGCUGCUGCCGCCCCUGCUGGUCCUGCUGCCUGCGCCCCGUGUGUGGCCAGGUGUCCUGCCACACCUCUUGCUACCACCCCACCUGCAUCAUCUCCACCUGCCCCCGCCCCAUGUGCUGUGCCAUCCCUUGCUGCUGAGCUCUGGCUGUCAUCUCUGUCCCAUUAUGAGUGACUAUUCCCUAGUCACGUAACAUACAUCAUAGCCUCCCAGUGAUUACCAAACCCUCUUCCAAUGUGGCCUUUGGAGUUGCAUUCACUUCUUCUGGGAAACAGUAGAUGAAAACACAUUUGUUAAAAGAUUU